AUGGCUUUUAUUUUUGCACAAAACACUAGUCCUUCUCCUCCUGAUAGCUAUGGCUCAUUGCUUGGACUCCUUGAUAGAUCAACUCAAGAUACUUUCACGAACAAUGAGUUUGAUGAUCCAGAUGGGAAUCACAAAGUGAUUGACACAACAAGCAUAACGAACCCAGUUGUGGCAAAGAGUCUCAACACCUCAGGAAUUCAUCUCAAGAGUGGAAGAGACAUCAGAUUCACAAUUGCCUAUGAUGGUUGGAGUCAGAUCCUCCAAAUUUCUGCUGGGUACACUGAUAACCCAGCAGCACUGAUAAGCAUCCUCAACCAGUCAAUUGACAUGUCUAAAAUUGUCUCAAGCUCACAAUUUAUGUUGCUUCACCGCCUCCACUGGGGCCCUCCCAGAGACCCAUCAACACUUUUGAUAGCCUGCACUUACCCCUUGAUUUCGAAAGUUGUAAUGAGAAAUCAUAGGGAUGGAGAGGAUAUAGAAAGCCAGUCAAGAACAACUGCAAAUGCUCCGGAAAUGUUCACUUACAAACAGAUUUUAAUUGCCACUCAGAACUUCAGUAAGGAAAAUCUGCUGGGUGCAAGUGCAUUUGGAGUUGUUUACAAAGGCAUCCUCUCAUCACAUCCUCCUAAAAUUGUUGCUGUCAAGAAGAUUUCAGCAGCCUCCAAAAAAGGUGAAAGGGAGCACUUAGCAGAAAUAUGUACCAUUGGGUGCCUAAGGCACAAGAACAUAGUGCAACUACAAGGUUGGAACUCCCGCAGACAUUGCCCCGGAAGACUAGGGUUAUCUGCAAAAGCUACUCCAGAGUCAGAUGUAUACAGCUUUGGAAUGGUGGUACUAGAAGUAAUAUGUGGGAGAAGAUCAAAAGGGUUCAUGGACAAUUACAGUAUAGUAGAACACAUUUGGAAUUCGUAUUCGAAAAAUGCGUUGGUUGAUUGUGUGGACCAAACGUUGGACAGAAAAUUUGAGGAGGAACAAGUGAAAAGGACAUUGAUUGUAGGGCUUGCAUGCUUGCACACAUAUUCUAUGCUGAGACCAAAGAUGAGGAAGGUGGCACAAAUUCUUAUGAAUCCUAAUGAGAAGCUAUUCAAAUUGCAGGAUACGAGGCCAGGGCCGAGGGCAAGUGCGGUUUACUUAUCAGUAUCUUAUUCUGCUCCAACAACUGAAUUUGGCUCUAGAAAUACCUCAUACACUGCCUCAUACGAUUGA